AUGCGACAAAUUUUGUUGGCGCUAAACGUAAACUUCAUGAAAUGUACCAGUUCUGAAGUUGCAGAUUUUCUUUCUUUGAAUGGCAUUACUUGGCGUUUCAUACCACCCUCAUCACCACAUUUCGGAGGGCUUUGGGAAAGCGAUGUGAAAUCGGUGAAAAUACAUUUGAAACGGGUAAUUGGCGAAACAACUUUAACAUAUGAACGAUUUUACACGCUCUUGGCUCGUAUAGAAGCGCUGCUGAAUUCGCGACCACUGUGCCCUAGCAAUGAUGGAGAAAUUGAUGCCCUUACUCCUGCUCAUUUCUUGAUUGGGCAGCCAUUUACUGCGGGAGCAGAACCUACCGUCGACUCGGCUGCAAAUAUACAUCCGCUAAAGCAAUGGGAAAAG